AUGAAUCAACGAUAUGGCACUAGAAUUACGGGGGUUUCUAAGCGGGGGGAUUGUUAUCAUCAAAGGGGGCUAAGCUAUCACAGCAGGGGAAUUUUUGAAAAUGGUAAGCUCCUUUGGAUGCUGGUUACUAAGGGGGGGUCGGUGUAUAAUGGACGGGGUUUAGUGACAAUGUGUAUGUGGUUGUGUGUUCUGGUGGGGAUUACAAGUGUUGGCGCAAGUGAGUUUCCUGAAAGAGAAUGCUGCGAUCCAGUAUACCCUCCAGUCACGGUGACUACGUCAUCGCCUCCUGUCACCCAUCCUGUCGGAAAGAUUUCUGGUAAGUUAAAUUUGUUGUUAAGUUAUGAUUAUUAUUUUAGAAUAAAUCUGUUUCAUAUAACAGAUCUCUUUAUUUUUCGACUGAAUUUAAAUAACAAAAAGUUUAUUAGUAUCUUUCGCUAA